AUGGAUGGGGGCCAGGCACUCUGCACUCCGCCUCUCCGGAUCCCUGGAUCCGAUUCUUCUGCGGCAGUCAGCGCGGCCGGUUGUGUCUGGGGAAGUGGCACCUUGAAGAUCAACUUCUUGUUCGAAGAUGUAGGCUUCUGCACCUUCAUUACUCGUGCCCACUUUGAGGAACUGUGUUCAGACCUUUUCUGUACUCCCCUGGAGCCCGUGGAAAUGACCCCGAGCGAUGCCAAGCUGACCAAGGCCCAAACCCAUGAGGUCACCCCGGUGGGUGGUUCUACCCGCAUCUCUAAGAUGGAGGAACGUCUAUAAGACUUCUUCAACGUCCAGGAGCUGAACAAGAACCGGCCUGAUGAGGCCGUGGCCCCUGGGGCUGCUGUGUUGGUGGUUGUGUUGAUGGAAGACAAAUGUGAGAAGGUGCAGGAUCUCCUCCUGCUGGAUGCUGUUCCCUUGUUUGACUCUGGGGUUGGAGACGGUGAGAUGAUGACCACAUUAAUCCCACGGAGUGACACCAUCCCUGCCAAACAGACCCAAGCUUACUCUGCCCACCAGCCUGGGGUCCUGAUCCAGGUGAAUGAGGGUGAGAGGGCUGUGACAAAGAGCAGCAACCUGUUCCGUAGCAUUCCUCCUGCUCCACGUGGAGUUCCCCAGAUCGAAGUGAAUGUUGACAUAGAUGCCAAUGGUAUCCUAAGUACUUCUGCCACCGACAGGAGUACAGGCAAGGCUAACAAGAUCACCAUCACCCACGACAAGGGCCAGCUCAGCAAGGAGGAAGUACAGAGGAUGGUUCAUGAGUCUGAACAACACAAGGCUGAGAGUGAGGUUCAGAGGGACAGAAAGGCUGCGGAAAACUUUCUGGAAGUUCGUGUCUUCCACGUAAAGAGUUGCUUGCAGGGAGAUAGCCGUAAGGAAGAGAGUCCAGAAAGGCAAGACAAGUGUCAGGAAAUCCUGGCCUGGGUAGAGCACAACCAGGUGGCAGGCAAAGAGAGGACACUAGCGCAGAGCUGCUGCCCCAUCUUCCGUAGGCUUUAUGCGCUGUCUGGUGUUCCUAGGGGUGACAGUACUGGGCCUCAAGCUUGCCAGGAGAGACCUAGUACUGACCCCAUCAUUGAGGAAGUUGAUCGAUUGACCUCCCAUGAUAAGUCAUCUGUGUCUGUAAGGGCUGGACUUACGGGUCUUCUAGACUUUUCUAUAAUCCCACUUUGUAACUUCGUAGAAUUUCAGAUUCGCAUAGGCCUCCGUAUCCGAGAGGCUCAUACAGCAGGAGUGAGUUCUUGA